UUAAAGGCGUGUAGCGUAGGCAUAGGAGGCACGCAAUAACAACGAGAGUGAGGCAAGUAUCCUAACUCCCAAGAACCUGCAGAAAACCCCAAACCCCUGCUUACUUUCGUGCUACUCCGCCUCCCUUCGCCACGCUCCCUCCUCUGCGCGUGAUGUUCCCCACCUUCCCCAUCAGUUCUAAAACGUGAGCAACUCGUACAAGUUCCUCUCUCUUUCUCUCUCUCUGUUGUAUUGAAGCUAACACAACUAACCAACGGAGAAGCAGAAGUAGCGCUUUGGAUUGGUUUUCCUGUUCCUUUGGGAGCAAAUUGCUCCCUCCAUAAACCCUCGAUACAUUCCCAUUUUUCCCAAGACAAGGGCAAUUGAGUUGUAUACUUGUAGUGUUCAGCACUUGCUAAUGGACUUAGAAGAGAAAUCCGUUUGUAAAGUUUCUGGUGUGCAAAGCCUCUCUUCCAGUGUGCAAAGUACUCCCGAAAAAAAUGGCCAUUCUGAUGAUGCUUCAAGAAGUUCAGAACUCCUUCAAGAGUUUGUGAAGGCUGGUCCGAAGAAGGAACUUCUUCCAACGUGCUUUGCUAAGGACCAUAAGAAAGUUACUGCAAAAGGAAGGAUGGCUGAAACUAAGUCAACUGGUAAGACAACUAAGAAACAAGAUUCAAAAAAAGCUUCCAAUGUUGGAAAUCCGCCUUUCAGGAAGCAAAAUCGGAAGGCUGAAAACCCCAUGCGGAUCUUUCCUAAUCCAGACCAGACUUCUGAAUCUGGACAUACUAACUCUUGGAUCUGCAAAAAUGCUGCCUGUAGGGCUGUUCUAUCUAUAGAUGACACAUUUUGUAGACGGUGUUCUUGUUGUAUUUGUCACCUUUUUGAUGAUAACAAAGAUCCUAGUCUUUGGUUGGUAUGCUUGUCUGAAUCUACUCAAGGGGACUAUUGUGGAUUGUCUUGCCAUAUCGAGUGUGCUCUCAAACAUGAAAAAGUAGGAGUCGUUGAUCAUGGGCAACUGAUGCAACUAGAUGGUGGCUAUUGUUGUGCAUCAUGUGGCAAAGUUACUGGGAUACUUGAAUGCUGGAAGAAACAGCUAACUAUUGCAAAGGAUGCUAGACGUGUAGAUGCACUCUGUUACAGGAUAUAUUUGAGCUACAGGCUCUUGGAUGGGACUUUGAAAUUUAAAGAAUUGCAUGAACUGGUACAAAAGGCGAAGGCUAAACUGGAGACAGAAGUUGGUCCAGUUAAUGGGGUUUCUGCCAAGAUGGCACGAGGCAUUGUCAGCAGACUCCCUAUAGCUGGUGAUGUGCAGAAAUUCUGCACUCUUGCUAUUGAGAAAGCUGAUAGAUGGCUGGCUAGUGUUCCAAAUGUGAAUCCUGAUUCCAGAGAGGGUUCACUUCCUGCUGCUUGCAAGUUUGUUUUUGAAGAGGUAACAGCUUCCUCUGUCAAAAUCAUUUUACUUGAAGUAUCAAAUGUGGCGGCUGAGAACAGUAAGGGAUACAAGCUUUGGUAUUACAAGAGUAGGGAAGAAUCACACACCAAAGAUCCUGUUUCUGUGAUUCCUAGAUCACAGAGGAGGGUUUUGAUAUCCAACCUUCAGCCUUGUACAGAAUAUACUUUUCGCAUUGUAUCAUAUACGGAUUCAGGAGACCUGGGUCAUUCUGAGGCUAAAUGUUUCACGAAGAGCAUCGAGAUAAUUCAAAAUGUUCCUCCAUCUGUUGCUAUGGUACGAAAGAGAGAGAAUUUUCAAAUUGGGGCUUGUUCUUCUGGCUCGAAGAUUGAGCCCAAUCGCACUAUGAAAGACUCUGGAUUUAAGGUUCGAGACCUUGGAAAAAUUUUGCAUCUUGCUUGGGCUCAGGAACAAGGUUAUCUUGAAGAUUUUUGCUGUGCUGAUAUGAAAACGUGCUGUGGACAAAGUGAAAUGGUCAAGCCUAAAACUCCAGAAGAGCAGUUGCCUUCAGUUCCACGAGGCCUUGAUUUAAAUGUUGUUUCAGUUCCAGAUUUAAAUGAAGAACUAACACCUCCUUUUGAGUCUUCCAGGGAUGAAGAUAAUGGUUGCACUUUGAUGCAGGCUGUUGAGGCAGAUGAUGAUGCUGCCUCUCAUGAUCUUGAGAAGAAUGGUUUAGCAAGAUCCCAUGGGAGUGGUGAUUCCCAAACCUGGACCCAUCGCCCAACAGGGGAAGUGCCAGCUGUCGACUCUCGCAUAGACAUGACUAGAAAAAGGAUAGCAAGCACGAAUGAAGAGAUACAUGAUUGUGACAGUACUUUGAUAAAUGGUUCUCCUGUACGCAUAUCUGAUGGUUCAUCUUCCCUGGAUGAGAAUUUUGAGUAUUGCGUGAAAGUAAUUCGUUGGCUAGAAUGUGAGGGUCACAUAAAACAGGAAUUUAGGUUGAAAUUGCUAACAUGGUUUAGUCUGAGGUCAACAGACCAAGAACGCAGGGUGGUUAACACCUUCGUUCAAACUCUCAUUGAUGAUCCAAGCAGUUUGGCAGGGCAACUUGUUGACUCUUUUUAUGACAUUAUAUCCAACAAGAGGCCAAGAACUGGAUUCUGUAAUAAAGCUUUGGCAUCAAACUAAGGGUGUGGAAUCCUGUUGUACAAGUCUGCUAUUCCCAUGGAUCUUACCUUAACCAUUUUUAUGUCACAAUUACCCUCUGAUUGUUUUCGCCUUCCUUGUACAGGCAUUUUUUUUAGUCAAUCACAUUCCAAGUGAUUCAUUCUUAUUGUAGACAAGUUCUAUCUUGCAUUAAAAGGAUUUGCAUUGAAAAUGGUGGAAACUGUAAUUCUUUUGUCCGCUGGUUCGGAGGAUCUUUUGACGUGAAGUUUCAAGAUGUAGCCAUUUUGCGAUUUCAUGGACUACCGCCUUUUUUAUGAAUUUAAUCAAGAAAGAUAUUAUUUAUUUA